AAGUCAACAAGUCACUUCAUCUCUUAGUGUCUCUCCAAUUGUAUCAGUUAAAUUUUCUUCUCGGUGAUUAACUAAUUGUUUUCUUCUUCUUCUAAUUAAAUUACCAGUAAUUUUAAUCAUAGAGAUUCACCUAAGGUGUAAGAUAAUCUUUUCUUUUUGUUUCUCCUUUGGGUGUAACCACAACAAGAAGAGAGAAAAGAAGAAAAGAAAAAGUGAUUUCUAUAGUAACCGUUUGGUUGAUUAACUAAUCCAUUUGUAAUAAUCUGUUAAUCUAAACACUUUUUGUACCCAUAAUUUUUAUUGAUUUGGUUAAAUCUUCUUCAUCUACUUAAUUGGAAUCUCUAUUCGCCUGGUUUAAAUAACCAAUUGACUGAGAAUCUUUUCAUUUUCAUUAACCUUUCUGGUGAUUUCCAUUUUUUUUACUUCUCUUUGUGUUUACCUGUUCUCCCCUUGAUUUGAUUGUUGUUUCAAGAAACUGGUGAUUUAUCUGUGACAAAAGUGAAUAGUGUCAUUUAUCAAUUGUGUGGAUUCAUCUCUAUUUAAUUAAUUACUGUUACUUAACCAUCAACAAGUGAUUUUGUUGACGAUUAACGGUUCUCAUGGAUCAUAAAAAGUAAAUCAAAUUAACCGUGCCUAAGUUGACUUACAACGAUUUAUAUCCAUGACAUGGAUUAACCAACCAUGUCAAUGUUUAAUCAACCCAAGCCAACUUUGAUUUUCUUAACUAUUAACGGGAUCAACAGUAACAUCAACAAGGAGCUGAAAAAGGAGAACAGUUAAAGAAUAAACCAAAUCAACAUAGAAAUCAAAGUUAAUCGUCAUUCACAUGUCAAGUAGUUGGCAACAAUUGAUACACUAGUUGGAACACACAAUUAACAACAACAUUUAAUCAUCUCACUAAUCAUCUUGAUCAUCCUCAUCUUCCCCAUCAUCAUCAUGCCCAAAGACAAUGAGAUUUGUUUAGAUCAUUUUGAAGAUUUAAUUGAUGAUUGUUCACCUUUAAAAAGUUUGAUUGAUCGUCGGAUUGUACCUUCCAAUGAUAGAAGAGUUAAAAUAGUAGGAACCAAAAGACCCGAUGUAAGAAAUUUUUUCAAUAAUUUCAAUGAAUUGACUCAGAGUGAUCAAGAAAAUGGUAAUAAAACUAAUAAUGAAGAUGAAAAAUCAAGACUGAAAACAAUCAAUAAUAUAUCAUCAACAAUGAAAACUUUAACAACACUUAAUUGUGAUGAAAAUGAUAAGGAAGGAGCAACAUCAUUGGUAUUAACUAAUUACCAUAAGAUUUACAAUAAGAAUCACAAUUUAAAUAAUAAUAAUGAUCUCAUUUACAAUAACAAUGAGAUUAAUGGAUCACUUAAGGUUGAAGAUGUUGGUUUGAAAGUGAAAACAAUUAAAUCAUCAUCAUCUUCAUCAAUAUCAACCUCAUCUUCAAGUUCAUCAUCAUCAUCGUCAUCAAUUAAUAGCAACAAUGAAGCUGCCAAUGGAACUGUUAAUAAUACAAAUGAUUCAGCAUCACCUUUGAGAGAGUCUUCAAUAAUAUUAUCCGGAGUCACUUUAUCACCAGAAAUAUCAGUUAAUCCUAAUCCAAGUAAUAAUUUUAAUUCAUUUGCCAAUAAAUCGGAUAAACGAGCCAGUGACCAUGAUGGUGGAUUUAAAUUCAUCAAAUGGACUGCAAACCACAGAGGAUAUAAAAUCAAUCCAAGCAAUAAACGGACCACAUGGUUUUCCGAUUCAACUCGUGAAGAUGAUGAAAGUGCUACAAUUGUAAGUUUAAAGAUCAAAUCAACAGAUCCAACAAUCGGUGGUGAGAGUUAUCAUCAUUUCGUUAAUCAAAAUGUUCCCGAGGCUAAACAACAACAACAAUCACAAAGAUCAACAACAACAUCUAACAACAAAUUAUCAUCAUCUCUCGGCUUGGGUGAACAAUUUGUUCGUGCUCGAAGUAAUUCAAGUCCUGAAGCCAAGGAAUCGUCUGUUCUGGUCAAUGGUAAUUCAAAUGAUAAAUUAAAUAGAAAUGAAAUUAAACCAUCUAACAAAGGUUACAAUCACGAUAACAGUGAUAUUAAUCACUCUAAGGAAUCAAACGAAGUUAAUUGUAACCCAAGUACCACUUCCGAGAAGAAAAGAAUCGGUGAAAUAAUUCGUAAUCUACUUCGACGGAGGCCAACAUUAGAUGAGAUUCGAGAGAAAGGAAUUCUUAUCGAUGGACCUGUAUUCGGAUGUGAUUUAAGCUCAUUAUGCAAUCGAGAAGGUCAAUUAGUACCAAAGAUUUUACAAUAUUGUAUCGAUGCGAUUGAGGUGAAAGGCUUACAAACGGAUGGACUUUAUCGUAUCUGUGGUAACCUUUCAGAGGUUCAAAAGAUACGAUUCCAAGUUAAUCAUGGUAACUACGAUACUAUCUGGUCACAAGAAAAUGUCCAUGCCUUAACUGGAGUAUUAAAAUUAUUCCUUCGAGAUCUUAAAGAGCCUUUGUUGCCAUUUGACCUUUUCAACUCGUUCAUAUUCACUACUGGUAUUCCUAAAAAAGAUCAAAUUGAAGCUCUUCAUAAGCUGAUUAAUCAAUUACCGAAGUGCAAUUAUCAUACUCUGGUAUUUUUAAUGAAACAUUUACUAAGAGUUGUUCAAUAUCAGGAUAAAAAUCGGAUGCAGAUUCAAAAUUUGUCAAUAAUUUUCGGGCCGACGUUAAUGUGGCCUCGAACGGAAUCAAAUGACUUCUCGUACGAUAUGAUGCUUCGAGUUCAUUGUAAUCGUAUUGUUGAGAUCCUAUUAACUGAAUUUAAUGCCAUCUUCAUGGUCUCCAUGACCUCUGUAUGAUUAACUAAUUGUUUAUCCUCAUCCAUGAUCAUCAAAUCAGUUUCAACAAUCACAUUUCAGUUAAUCCGUUUUCCUUAAUCCAACUUUAAUAUACUCUCACUGUCUUUUCAUUGAUUUGCUCAACAAUUAGAAUACAAUUUACCUUAAAUUUGGCCUAAGACACAAAAAUCCUCCAAUUGUGUUGUUUAAUUGUCUUUUCAUUCAUAAAUUUACUAAUUGUGAUUGUUAAUCUAAUCCAUACCUCCUUUUUAAUUGUGAUUACUUUCUAAUAUUUUAUUCAUAUUUAGCAUACAUUAUCAUUAGAUUAUUGUGUAUGUUUAAUGUGCU